AUGGCAGCUUCUUCCAAACCGACAGACGAAAGUUUUCAUCCAUAUGACGCACUUCCGAAUCACCAGGACUUUGACCGGAUGAUAUCUAAUGCUGUUGAUACUAGAACCGAUUUCUACGACCCCGGUCUGACGAGUCGUAGAUAUGCCCUUGUCGGAGUGGCAUGCUCAACUAUCUUCAGCUGCUCAUGCAUCGUUGCAGGCAUCAUCACGUUAGCUGAUUACGGAGUCUUAGGAGUUACUAACGUGUUCGUGACCAGCACGACGGAUUAUGUUGCAUAUCCGAUUCAGAUGCCCCUACAGGGGGAGCUAUUGGUCCUGGUACUCAAUUUAAUCAUCACGUUAUGCACUGAGUCCCUAGGCUCCAUACACGGCAUCUCAUUGCGCUCUGCGCUAGCCUCCGAGUCUCGGCUUCGUUUCAACACCAAUCUGCGCCUUCUGACCGCAACUCGUGGAUGGUAUAAACCUAAUGGCACCCUGCUUAAUGGUAUAUGGGCUGUCCUCCUCAUAAUAUGCUAUAGCUCGACCUCAUUCAUCGCAUGUCCCUCCUUUCAAACGACGCUACAAACAGUCGAUAAGGGUGUUGCCUUCGCCGGGUUACCUGUCCUCGUUUUGGGUGUCGCACUCCUUCUCCAGGUGAUGAUCGCAUUGUUGGGGAUGCGGUGUGUCAAAAUACUGACGUGGAGCUCCUCACCUUUCGACUUGACCGCCGCACUACUUCAUCACACGCAAUUGACCCCUACCACUUUACGAUGCAUGCGUUCUGUGUCCAACCCAGACAAGUACGGAGGUCCAGCGAAGCCAUCAAAGAUACAGUCCUCUGCGUGGCAUGCUCACCCUAGCGUCCAGAAAGUUGUCGUUUUUCUUUGGGUGAUCGUUGCAGCAUGCGCUGGAUGGGCUGCACUUGUCAUGUAUAUCUGGGACAAGUUGCAGCACUCCGACACGCAAAUAAUGAACGCUUUCGGCAGUGCUCUUACCCUACAAACGUGGUCGUUCUUCCCAAACGAACAAUCCAGUUACAUUCGCUACAUGUCGUCGGGUAUUUUUCUGUUCUCAUGGGUCAACAUGGCAAUUAUCCAAGCGCCACUGACACUUGGGCUGCAUUGCUCGGAGCUCAUCGCAAAUGUCAUUCGAGAUGAAAGACAGUGGAGAUUCGCUACUGGAAGGAAAGGACUCCAGACGGUGACGAACCCGAUGAAGGCCAUUUUCACUCAUCCGAUUUGUCUCAUACUUUUCGUCGCGAAGCCUUUCCUGCACUGGAUUUUUGGGCUUGCGUUCAACUUAAGCGCCACCGCCGUUGAUGGACGGCUGAUGAUAUUUAUGGCGUCCAUGUACACUGGCCAGAUCUGGAACUUAUGCAUAGCGCUGUUCAUAUUUUCCUGUUUCUUCACUUUCGUCGCACUGCGCCGACCGCGCGGUCCCCAGCCGGCUGCAUAUGGUCACCUCCAGACGCUCGCCAACCUCGUGGACGAGUGGUCACCUGUGAUGUGGUGGGGACACAAGGAGGACGGGAUUCCGUACUGUCAUGCUGGGACGAGCGAUCACCCGCUAUCGGAUGUGAAGAUGGACUGCGUUUAUGCUGGUUGUGGUGCUGGGUCUCUGGUACCCCUCUCGUGAGAGGUACUUGCUUUGCUUUUCAA